CCCGCGCGUGCCCCUUCGUCUUGCACACGCCGGCUGACGCUUGUACUGCUGACUGGACCUUCACAAUGAAGGUCAAGGACGACUCGGCGGUUUUACCGCUAAUCCACAGCGCGAACCCUCCGCAGUGCUCGACAACCGCGCUUCCGCGUGCCUACAAAGCCGUAGCGCUACUUUCGGUUGCUACUGCAGCUUCCCUGGUCUACAAUUAUCUAUACGUGCGACCGUGGACCUCAAGGACGCCACUUCAGGCUACCUCGGAAUGGGAAGACAACGUCUGGCCCAUCAGGGAGCAGACGCCGUGGGACAUCUCAACCGACUUUCCUUACCCUCGCAAGCUGGAAUACGACGUACAGGAAGGCACAUGGCUACGUCUCGACGUUCAUCCUACCUCUGGUGACAUUGUCUUUGACAUGAUUGGCGACUUGUACUGCAUCUCUGCGGCGGACGCGCUCAGCGCAAAUGCGGAUGCCCGGGCAAAGGCUCGGCCUGUACUUCUCGGCGUACCCCAUGACUCGGACCCUCACUUCUCACCGGGUGGGAAGUCACUUGUCUUUCGUAGCGAUGCUGGCCUUGGUGUAGAGAAUAUCUGGGUCAAGCCAUGGGACGGCUGCGAGGCUGCAGACUUGCGUCCAGCCGUACCUCAUGGUGCACUCGCUCAGGCACUUGACGCUCAAGACAAGGAAGACAGCCUCUUGGUCAAGGGCUUUGCGGAAACCUCAGAACGAAUGGCGAACCGUUUGCUGCGCGAAGGCAGGCCUGAAGCCCAGCGUGUAACUAACGAAACAUUCCGCUGGGUCUCCGAUGCCCGCUUUCACCCAUCCGGCAAGAAAGUCAUCGCGACCAAGUGGUUCACCAGCAGCCGGUCCAUACCUGCGGGUGAAGGCUGGGAGUUCGACGUCCCCGGACUCGGUAGUCAACCCUCCAUCCCAGCCAAGAGCGGGACGAAGCUCGUCGGUCAUGAUUUGCCAGCUGGAUGGUCUAAUGAGGACUACGGCGAGCAACAAGUUGGACCCGAGCAAUUCAUCUGGCGCGGCAACGACACCUUGAUCUACUCAAAGAAUGUUGUCAACACUGGGGGCACUUUCAGCUAUUCGAACGAUGUCUUCAAGGGUGUAUACUCCAUCUUCGCACGUAACUUGACGUCCAGCAAGACGGAGACGCUCGUUGAUGCCGCGCCUGGUGGUGCGAGCCGACCUGAGCUCUCAAGGGAUCAGCGCACUCUGGCCUUCGUCCGCAGGGUUCGCGACAAGCAGGCCCUCGUCCUCAAGGAUCUUGAGACCGGCAGCAUUCACAACAUCUGGUACGGCCUAUCCUACGACGAUACACGGGUCUCCGCACCCAUGGGGACUUACCCAUCUUUCGCCUUUACCCCAACCGACGACGCCAUCAUCAUCUGGGCUGCGGGUCACAUCUGGCGCGUCCCCCUUGCUCUCAACGUAUUCGGCGAAAAGGUCUCCGGCGGCGAGCCCACCAUCGUCCACUUCACCGCGCACGUCGAGAAGCGCAUUGCAGAGACGCUGAAGACGACCGUGGACCUUGCGGGUUUGGAGUCAGCGGACGAGACUCAGGUGCACGCGUUCAAGGAGCUCAAUGUCGAUGAGACGGGUAGUCGCGCGCUCUUCCAGGGCGGUGGGGCGACCUACGUGCAUGAGAUCGGUACUUCGAAGACCAGUGCGAUACCAGCGCUGUACCCCGGACAGCCGUACUACUCGCCUUCGUGGGUACCGAAUACGCCGGAUCUGGUCAUUCAUGCACGAUGGUCUAACACGAACUUCACGUCCUUCGAGAUCGCCAAUCUCACCUCCGGGAUUGCGUACGAGGUCAACGGCCUCCCCCUCGGUCGCUACUUCUCGUCCGUCCUCUGCGAGUGCACCGGAAGCCGGCGCAAAAUUGCGUUCCUCAAAUCUGCUGGUACGUGGCUCACUGGCGAUAUUAUCGCAACCGCUGGACCAGGGCUAUAUGUCGGCGAGCUCACCCUUCCAUCUGGCUCUGAGGAUAGUAUCAUCCUUGAGAACCUCCAAUUCAUUCCCUCCGAGAUCGACGUCGACGGCCACGUCACCUUGCGCUUCUUCCAGGGCGCCUCCAAGCUCCUCGUAGAGCAGGACCGCCGCUCCUUCACCAUCGACCUCGGCGCAGGCCCGGACGAGAACGGCGCGUCCAAACACACCACCCUUGCGACGGGGAGGAUGUCGACCGAAGUGGCGGUCUCUCUGGAUCGAGCUUCGCAGCCGCAAAGUGCAGCGUUCGUUGAUUUCUAUCACGUUUAUGUUGCGCCGAAGGAGUCACUUGCUGAUGGAGAGGAGGCUCUUUGGUCGAAGCCGGCGAAUGCGACGAAGGGUAUCGCAAGGCUAAGUCUGGAUGGCGGGCAUGAUCUGGCUUGGAGCCGUGACGGCAAGAAGUUGUUCUGGUUCCUUGGGCCCUACCUACACUCCCUCGAAGUAUCCAAGCUCGACGAAUGCAAGUCCGCUAUCGAGGAGGACAAAGUGACCUUCGGCAUUGCCUGCGUCAACAAGCUCGUCCAAUGGGAACAGGUCGUCGUCAAGCACUCCACCGAUGUCAGUCGCCUCGGGAAGGAGAGCCAAAACGCGUCUCUCGCCAUCGUCAACGCCACCAUCCUUCACAUGGAUUCCGAUAACCGAUACGGCGACGUUAUCGAGGGCGGGACUUUGGUUACGAAGGGCGGUUUAAUUUCUGCUGUUGGGCCCGCCGCAUCGGUCGAGGUUCCCUCGGAUGCUGUUGUCAUCAAUGCCAACCAAGGCUACGUCCUACCCGGCUUCAUCGACAUGCACGCCCACUGGAACGGGUUCAGCGACCGCUUCCCAGCUAGCUCCUGGGAGCUCGAGACCUUCCUUGCGUACGGCGUCACUACGAUGCACAACCCAAGCACCGACACCGUCGACGCCUUCGCCGAGCGCACGCGCGUCGAACGCGGCCAGCUCGUCGGCCCGCGCAUCUUCCACACCGGGACUGUCAUCUAUGGUGGUGCGGAAGCUGGGCUCCAUCAGGAUAUUGCGGAUACGCUAGAGGCGCAUUCGGCGCUUGUGAGGAUCAAGGCAGAGGGCGGGCCGUUCUCGCACUCGUACAAGAACUAUCAGUUGCCUUCGAGAGCCUCACGCCAACGCCUCUUGCUCGCUGCUCGCAACGUGUCGAUGCUCUGCUUCCCUGAAGGUGGCAUGAACUACGACUGGGACCUGACGUACAUCGUGGACGGCAUGACCACGGUCGAGCAUUCACUCCCUGUGGCCGUCAUCUACGACGACGUGCGCAAGCUGUUUGAAGCGAGCGGUACAGCGUACACACCGACGCACAUUGUUAGCUAUGGCGGCGUCAUGGGAGAACAGCAAAUCUGGGCGGAGGAAGAUAUACCGAACGAUCCCAAGUUGCGCGAGCUCACUCGACAUGAUGUCCUCGAGCAGUUGACCGAGUCUACUGCGCGACCGAAGCAUGCGUACGGCCUAUACAACAUCUCCGAGAUAUCUGCAGAGAUGUCUCGCAAUGGCGUACCCGUCUUGAUUGGCGCUCACGGCGAGCCGCCCCUCGGGCUGAACUAUCACUCCGAGCUGUGGUUCGCGCAGCAAGGCGGAUUGUCCAACUACGAGGUCUUCAAAGCUGCCACAAUCACCUCCGCUCACGUCCUCGGGAUGGAGAAGUCUAUUGGUUCCCUCGAAGUGGGAAAGCUGGCAGACUUCGUCGUAUAUCCCCCGGACGUCGAUAUUCUGGAUGGAGAUAUGAGGGUAUCUCGCGAGCUGGCUUAUGUCGCGAGGGGUGGACGCCUUUGGGAUGCAUCGACGAUGGAGGAAGUGUGGCCGGUGAAGGGACGUAGACGGCCUAUUCCGCCAAUCAAUGCUGACUGAGGUGCAUUCUCUUCUAUACUACAUCUCCUCAGCUCUGAAUAUCCAGUACUGAACCGUUUCUUACCUUCAAA